AUGGUUGCGACCUUUUCGCCGCACCGGGACUCGGGCGGCACCCUUCACCUUUCAUCGCACUCGGGGAUUCAUCACGUCGAUGCUAGCUCUGCAAUUCGCCAGCUUCGGCGCUCAUUGUCGCGCUCACCUUCGAAGAGUUCCAACUUCUUUCUCAGCACCCGCUCUCACUCACCCUCAAAAACCACCUCACCAUACGUGUCUUCUCCGCUGUCGCCCUCGAGGCGAUCACAGCACAAUUUCUUUCUUUUACCAUCUAAUCAGCAAUCUCCUCUCGCCGUGCCAUAUCCCCCCAGCGCGAAGGUUACGCGGCCGGCCAUGCGACGGCGAACUUCACCCCGUAGCCCCGCUAAACGCGCUUUGACGGUGUCAACAGACGGUGGGAACGCGACUCCAUCCCAGCCGAUCGCCAUGCACUCAGGAGAAGAAAAUGAUUUAACACUUGAUGAUCUAGCUGGGCCGAUGGAAAGUACCACGCCCGAAAGUCCGUGUCAUCUGAACAUGCCUCCUGCAGUGCAGAGCGAAACGACUUUUGCGCCUCGCUCAACCCUCUCUCGCAUUGAAAAGCGGCGAAGUGGGACAUUUGGUUCGUUCGCUACUGUGAGUCCGCUCAAACGAAGUGACGGUAUCAUGAACCUGGACCAAGCAUCGCGAGGGAGCCCCUCUGCGAAGCGACGCAGUGUUCACACGCCAAACUUUUCGACAGACUUCAGCAUCUUCGACAAUGACCAUGGCAGUGCGCCUGCAAGCCCAUCUACCAUCGAGGCCUCGCCUCACCCGAAUCCCAUUCAGCCCUUCAGUCCGUUUGCGACUAUCCCAAAACGCUCGUCAUCGCUCAGACGAUCCACAUUACAGCAACGACAAAGCGAUAGACCCCUCUUCGGGCGUCCCAGGGGAGCAGGUGAAGGCGAAACAUUACCUGGUACCCCUUUGGCAGUGCGUCCACGGAUGUCAUUUGAUAGCGGCCUGUUUGAGGCUGGUCAAGAAAACCUCUUCUCCCCUCGCCCUCCAGCUAGCCCACUCUUCUCCGCAAACCCUACAACCACUACAACUACCACUACCACUACCACUACCCAACCUCCUCGCCCUACUGCUCAUCCACUCUCCCGGACCAUUACUCAGUCAUCCUCUGGCUCAAGUCUUGAUGACUCGCCAACCCAUGAGGCCGUCCACAAGCCUGAGCGGCCACGACAGCUCUUCAAUUUCUCCAAGUCCCUUCCUGCUGGUGCUACUCGGCCUGCUCCUGUGCGCCGUAUAACGCGAGAAGAUUCAAGUGGAUCCGGAGAAUCAUUUGCGACACCCGAAAACUAUAAACUGGUUAAGCCUUUGCCAGCGGCCUUCAUGUCAACGGGACUGAUCUCGAAGAAAAACCGCAACGCAGAGGAGCCGUCGAGCUUCAACAAGAACAUGCCCGAUACUCCGUGCAAACGACCUGUUAACCUUUUUGCUUCUGGGAUGAACGGGUCUUUUAACAAGGCUCCGCCUUUUCAAGAAUCAGAGGCUGUGUCUCAAUCCCCCUUCAACCCUCCAGCCUCAACCGUGCGGCCUAAACCGGGUCCUUUUGCCCGGGGUAUGGGUAUCUUUGGUAAUACUUUCAAUCGACCAGAAGCCUCGCGCCGAGGAAGCUUCGUGAGCGUCGAUGGGGAUGAUGUUCAGGCUCAGUCCCCAUCUUCGCGUCAUGACAGCCAGCCAUUGACUGAUUCCGAUUUCCCUCCAACUCCCACAAAACAAACAUUCCUCCCCUCCCGUACCUAUCCUCCUGCUACUUCCCAGAUUGGGCCUUUGGAGCGUCUUUCAGAAACAAGGACUUCUACCAACUCGACACCUUUGCGUGAAAGAUUUCUCCAGGCUUCACCUCACACUCCUCGCGACCAAUUCUUCCCCCCGGACCCAAGUGGAUUAUCAAUCUCAGUGCCGAAUGAUGCGCAACCACUUCCAUUUGACUUUGGUAGUAGUCUGAAUCUACCUGCCACGCCAACUGGUCCUCGAGACUCCUUGCUUGCUAGCAAGCGCCCCAGCCUCCAGCUCAGUGGUUUCCAUACGCCAGAUGUGGACCCUAGUCUGACCAUGCGGUUCGACAAAGUCGAGCUUGUCGGCACAGGUGAAUUUUCUCAGGUCUACAGAGUCGCUCAGCCUCACGAUGCGUCAUUCCCUUCGAUGUUCUCUCUUCCGUCAAGUGGCCCUAAGUCCCCAAGCGCUCUCCCUCAACACCAAGUUUGGGCUGUCAAGAAGAGCAAGCAACCCUACCUGGGGCUGAAAGAUCGCGAGCGCCGUAUUCGGGAGGUUGAUGUGCUGAAGACAUUGAUCAACUGUGACCACAUUGUUUCCUUCAUGGACAGCUGGGAAGACAAUGGUCAUCUCUAUAUCCAAACCGAGUUCUGCGAAGAGGGAAGCUUGGAUGUUUUCCUGGCUCAGGCUGGCCUCAAGGCCCGAUUGGAUGAUUUCCGUAUCUGGAAAAUUCUCCUUGAAAUGACCCUUGGAUUGAAGCAAAUCCACGAUGAAGGUUUUAUCCACCUCGACUUGAAGCCUGCCAACAUCCUCGUGACAUUUGAAGGUGUUUUGAAGAUUGGAGACUUCGGCAUGGCCACACGCUGGCCUGCAGAGGAUGGCAUUGAAGGCGAGGGCGAUCGGGAGUAUAUUGGUCCUGAAAUCCUGAUGGGCCGCUUUGAUAAGCCAGCGGAUAUUUUCUCGCUGGGUCUGGUCAUCUUUGAGAUUGCUGGUAAUGUAGAGCUUCCAGACAACGGAGCAUCUUGGCAGAAGCUCCGAAAUGGGGACAUGAGCGACGUCCCCAGUCUGACCUGGAGCUCAGAGACAACCAUUUUCCGCGACGCAUCCGGGAACCCUGUCUCCGAUGGAGCUUCUUUCGAAGAGCUCUGCGCAUCUGACUUGGGUGACGAUGACUUCGGUGACAGCUUCCUCACCAGCCGGAAGCUGACCACGCCUAAGCCAACCCAUCUCGCCAGGAGUGGGGAGCUUGUGGACCCGCCUAGCUUCAUGGUGGAUGCCAACCAUCCCCAGGCCUUGGAUAAGCUUGUCCGUUGGAUGAUUUCCCCCGAGCCACUUGAUCGGCCUACAGCCGAUGAUGUUUUAGCCGCUUAUGGGCUCCAGUUUGUGAACCAGCGUCGUCGUGCCGGAGCCACGGUCUUCGAAGGCAACUGGGGUCCCGCCGAUGAGAUCUUGGCCGAAGAUGCCGAAAUGAUCGAUGUGUAA